UUAUUUUUUCCAAAAUAUUAUUAAAUAUUUUGUUUGAAGAUAUUUGUUAUAUAAAAAAUGUGUUUCUUGUAAAAGUGUCAAAUUUUGAGGAUGGUUGCAUGGAAAUUACAUUAAAUCUCAUGUGAUGGGAUUAUUGGAGUAAAUAGAAAAAAAUUUCUCAUCUCUGAAUAAAGGGAACAGCGACAGCAAGUGAAGGCACUGAAGGGAGAGGAAACACGAGAAGGAAAUGGAGGUAACAGCAGAACAACUGAAGCAAUUCGACGGCUCAGAUCCAUCCAAGCCCAUAUACGUGGCGGUCAAGGGUCGCAUCUUCGAUGUCACCACCGGCAAGUCCUUCUACGGUCCCGGCGGUUCCUACUGCAUGUUCGCCGGCAAAGACGCCAGCCGAGCUCUCGCCAAGAUGAGCAAGAACGAGGAAGACGUCUCUCCUUCUCUCGACGGCCUCUCUGAAAAGGAGAUGGGCGUCCUGAAUGACUGGGAAAACAAGUUCCAAGCUAAGUACCCUGUUGUCGGCCGUGUCAUCUAGUCUCAUCUCUCUCCUCUCUCUCUUUCUCAUGCGUUAUAUUUUGUUGAGUUGGGUUUUUUGGGUGUUGUUUGCUUGUGGGUACCUGUAAUUCUGAUGGAAUAUCAAUGUUCUGUUAGCACUUUUGACGCUCUGGGGGCUUGGGUCGGAAGGGUUGUGUAUUUGGCUUUGUGGUGCAAAGUGAAUAAAUGGGUCUUUUAUUAA